UUUUAUUCUGUACAGGUGAGAAUGGUCAAUGGAAAAGGGAGGCGCUGCAAGCAAUUCCGAGUAUUCCUCAUGGUACAUGGCUGCUGCGUAUGUGCUUAAGGAUAUAGAGUAGAUGAUCAUGAUCAUGAUAUGAUGAGUGAGAAGCAGAGUAAGACGCUUCGUCGGAGUAACGCCCUCAAGGAUAUUUACUACGAAGAUUCACCAUCGUCUCUCACCUCGUCCUUUGACGAUCGUUUCAGACGGGUGACAGGGGUGCCCGAUCUAUACUCGAACGUUGACCGGAAUAGCUUUCGAAUUGAAGGCGUUGAGGGAGAAUUCGACCGGAUUUGUCAAUCUUUGGGACUCUCUGGACCGGAGGACUUUGCAAUCCCGCCGGCAGAUUGGGAGGCUUGCAAGGCCCGUUCGUCCUCCGAUCAUUAUCCUAGCCCUAGCCCUAGGUUUCAACUUCUCCAGGGCAUUGGGGAUAAGGAAUCAGCUGAACAGGGUUUAUCAGGUGCAUCCGAAGCUAGAUUGAGUAUUACCCAUGGUGAGUAUGUCCAUGAAAUUGAACGUUCCGAGUCGUCGUGUUCAGGUACGUCUCUAGUUGUUAGCGAUAGUAAGUUAGAUCAGAUUAGGGAAGUCGAUAUGCUGUCUACUGAAGUGACUAUUUCGAGGAAUCCAAUGAGCGUAAGAUCUCAUAGGAAUAGUAGAAAUAGCAUAAAAGGUGAUCGCCCUCCAGAGCUUGCUCCUCCUCCUCCUCCUCCUCCGGUGAUAUUGCUUAGUGCUCGGGAUAAGUUGAGCUCAUCUUGGGACAACAUAAAGUCCUUUGCUCCUGAAGUUGAUGAGGAUAUGAGCUCGUCAUCUGUUCGAUUAGAUGAAGUUAGAAGAGUAAACAGUUAUGAUGAGCAACCUGAUCGGCAAGUCAUUGAUGAACAUGCUGCAGAAAUAACAUUGGUUAGGCAAAAUAUUGCCAGUUCAGUUCCAGAAUGUUGCUCGGAUUCAUCUAAGGAAGAUAAUGAUAAUGAUGAGAACGAGAAUGUUUCCUUUCAUAUGAUUUCCAAACCAGUGUAUUAUUAUAAUUCACCGAACAGAAAAUUCAAGCCAAGUAUCACUACUUGGCAGAAGGGGGAAUUUCUGGGCAGUGGAUCAUUUGGAACAGUUUACGAAGGCUUCACCGAAGAUGGGUUCUUUUUUGCUGUCAAGGAGGUUUCUCUACUCGAUCAAGGAAGCCAGGGCAAGCAAAGUAUUUACCAACUUGAACAGGAAAUUUUACUUCUAAGUCAGUUCAAACAUGAGAAUAUAGUUCAAUAUCUUGGAACAUACAAGGAUGAUAGCAAACUUUACAUCUUCCUUGAGCUUGUUACAAAAGGUUCUCUUGGAAGACUCUACCAAAAGUAUGAUCUACGUGACUCUCAGGUCUCGGCAUACACAAGACAAAUUCUCAGUGGUUUAAAUUAUCUUCAUCAGCGGAAUGUCAUUCACAGGGAUAUUAAAAGUGCAAACAUAUUGGUAGAUGCAAGUGGAGCUGUAAAACUUGCAGAUUUCGGAUUGGCCAAAGCAACGAAGCUAAAUGAUGUAAAAUCCUGUAAAGGAACUGUGUUCUGGAUGGCUCCAGAGGUAGUUAAUAGGAGAAAUACUGGAUAUGGGCUUGCAGCUGAUAUAUGGAGCCUCGGUUGUACUGUAUUGGAGAUGUUAACUCGUCAGAUUCCUUAUUCUCAUCUCGAAGGGAUGCAAGCCUUGUUCAGGAUAGGGAAGGGUGAACUUCCUCUUAUUCCUAGUUCCUUGUCAAAUGAUGCACAAGAUUUUAUAGGAAAAUGCUUGCAAGUCAACCCGGAUCAUCGGCCUACUGCCUCUCAGCUAAUGGACCAUCCAUUUAUUAAGAGGUCACGGUCAAAUUCAGAUUCAGCAUCUCCCCAUCAUAACCGUACAAAAUCAUAGAAGCUCUCAUGCACUCUCACGGUUGCUGGAAGCAUUAAAUUUAAGAAUUCAAUACCAAUUCCUGUAAUUUACAGCAUAUUCAAAAGCGUCAUGCAGCAACGUGGUAUUUGAUUCUUCCAGGAUGAUUUUAUUGGGGAGUUCAUUUUACCGUCAUUACCAUGGGUUGUGUUGUUCACAAUGUGAAACUUAAGAAGUUCAAAACUAUCAUUAUGCAUGUAAGGUUUUACAAUAAAAAAAAUGAGUAGUCCUUCCUAUACAUUGAAGUCUCCUUGUAGUCUUAUAUAAUUAAGCUUUAGAGCCUUCUUUCUUGUAUUCAUGCUGAAACAUGAAAGAGAUGAAUGCUUAUAUACAAGACAGGUCUUCAUGCUCUCUAUAUGGGCUACAAGAGAUUAUGUAAAAUACUAGAAUAUCCUUUAACAUAAACCUCAUAUAAAGACAUAUUAAGCCUAAGGGUUUAAUUUUAGAAGGGAGGGAUUUGGCUAAAAUGGAAAUGAGGGGUUUGAUUUAUUUUGUGUUUUCUUUUCUUUGAUCAUCAUAUAGGAGAUAAUAGGGGCCUGUAAGCUUUGUUUUGAAAAUAUUGUAAAUAAUUAUAAUAUUUUACUGUGUAUGAAUUAAUUACUAUAUUAGCUUA